UGUCAUUCGCGACCUGCCUGACUGCUUCGAUCUUCUCUUUCGUUCCUAGUCUCAGACCAAAGGAAGAAUGCUCACCGUGCUCCCUCUCCGCCUCCUCCUCCUCGUUGUCCUCACCUUCGUCUCUGGCUUCUCAGCCGCCACACCACCAUCCUCCCUCGUCGCCUCCGCCUGCGCCCAAGCAAGCUACCCCUCCGUCUGCGUCCGCACGCUCGCCCCCAGCUCCCCGUCCACCCCCUCCGACCUCGCGCUUGCCGCCACCUCCGCCUCCCACUCCACCACCCGCGGAGCGGCAGCUUACCUCCGCCGCCUCACCCUCCCCCAACCCCCGAGCGACCGCGCCACUUUCCGCGACUGCGCCAACCUCCUCUCGGACGCGGCCAACCAGCUCGCGCGCGCCGCCAAAGAGCUGGCCCGCCUCAACCCCAACACCCUCCGGUCGCAGCUCGGCGACGCCCAGACGUGGGCCAGCGCCGCCAUGACGGACCAGGACAUGUGCCUCCGCGAGAUCACCGGGCUCUCCGGCCGCACCCGGGACGCGGUCGUCGCCCAGGUCACGGAGGCGUCGCAUGUCACCAGCAAUGCGCUCUAUUUCAUCACCCGCGUCGCCGCCACCCGUUGAUCGCCGUUGGUCAUGUGCCGACAAAACAAUCGGACGGCUGAUAUCUUUGUGUUUGUGUAAAUAUAAACACCUAUUUUCCUUUUGGUUUUAAGCAAACUGUGUUGGCUUCGUGUCAUGUAAUGUGUUCGAAUGAAAUGAAAGCAGUGUUGUUCUCC